CUCUGGCCGCCUUGACCCAGCAACCACCUCAUCAAGAGCCGCCUUUGCGAGAGGCUGACCUUCGCAGUCUUACAAGGCUGAGCUGAGCAGAUCCAGGUUGCCUUCUUGACCAACACCACAGCCCACUCGAGCGCAUGAGAUUGCCCAGCAUGCUCGACUGUUUCCCCUUUCUACGUUGCAACCGCGCCCAGGAGACGGCGUCGGACGCCUCGUCCAUUACGCUUUGCACAGAUGCAAGCAAUGAAAAGGCCAGCAAGCACGGCAUAGAGCCGCCUACCGCCAACACCUCAACCGCCGUGAAGCCUGUGCCCACGGGCGAUCGCCUAGCCUCCCUCCGUCGCCGCAUGGCCGACCAGGGGGUGGACCUCUACAUCAUCACCUCGCAAGACGCUCACGGCUCUGAAUACACUGCUCCACGCGACCAGCUGCGCGCUUUCAUCUCCGGCUUCACCGGCUCGGCGGGUACAGUCCUCGUCUCUCAGUCGUUCGCCGGGCUGUGGGUCGACGGACGAUACCACGUGCAGGCCGACCAACAGACGGAGCGCGAGUACUGGACUGUCUUCAAGCUGGGAACGGAGGGUGUGCUGGGGUGGGAAGAGUGGAUCAAGAGCAAAGCGCACGAGAAGGUGGGGAUGGAUAGUAUCAAGCUGGGAGGGGAUGCUCGCCUGCUGCCGUACACGACCGUGCAGGGGUUGCUCGAAGGUUCGGGCGAGGGGCACGAGCUAGUGGCUGCAUUCGAGGAGCACAGCCUCGUCACAGACGUGUGGAUGGAGGACUUCCCCACGCUUUAUCCUCCAAAGCCAAAGACGAAGGUGCACGAGCACGAAGUGCGAUUUGCUGGCCUCGAGGCGGACAAAAAGAUUGAGAAGUUGGUGCGCUUCUCGAGGGGAGAGGAGGCGGACAAGCUGGUCGAUACCACGGAGCAUGAAAAAGCGGCUGAGAAGACCAAGCGCCGUGCCGAGCACUACGUUGUCGACCAACUGGACGAGGUGGCUUGGCUCCUCAACUUGCGUGCCAGCCCGCCUGGGAUCCCUAAUAACCCCGUCUUCCCUGCGUACGUAGUCGUAUCCGACGCAGAGGGCGAUCGUGACGAGGCCAAGACGGCGCCCACGGUCACCCUCUUCACCUCGCUUGACCUCGUACCUGAGGGUUCCGACGUUCAUCACUACCUCAUCAAGACGCUCGGCCUCACCGUACGCGGCUACAACGAGGUGUGGCAACACCUCCGCACACUCCCCGGCACCGGCCGCGUGAUCCUCUCCGAGAAGGCCUCGUACGCCCUCAUCGCGGCGGUCACGAUGGACCGCUCCAGCAUUCUCGGCCCCUCUGCCUCCCCACUCGCCUUGUGGAAGUCCUGCAAGAAUGCCACCGAGCUAACAGGCAUGCGCAACGCCUAUCGUCGUGACGGUCUAGCCUGGGCUCGCUGGGCCUCCUGGCUCGAGGACCAAAUGGUCAACCGCAAAGCCCACAUCGACGAACACGGCGCCGUCCUUGCCCUUGAGGCCGAACGUCGCAAGCUAGACCUCUACGCCGGCUUUGAAGCGUACGAUGCCAUUGCUGGGACGGGGGAGAAGGCUGCUUCUCCCCACUAUGAGACUCCCGAGGUGGGAAGUGCUAGGAUUGAUCGCAAGACGCCCUUCUUGAUGGACUCGGGUGGGCAAUACCUGGAUGGAACCAUCGAUACGACGAGGACCGUGCAUUUCGGCAAGCCUACACGCGAGCAGAAGAGAGCAUACACGCGAGUGCUGCAGGGUCACAUUGCGCUGGAUAGCGUUAUGUUCCCCACGGGCAAGACGACGGGGAGCACACUGGAUGUCCUUGCGAGGAGGCCGCUCUGGUCUGAUGGCAAGGACUAUCUGCAUGGCACUGGUCACGGCAUCGGCGCUUUCCUCAACGUGCACGAGCUCUUCGUCACCUUCUCCUCCUCCGCCGCAUCCGGCGCCUCUGCCCCCUCCGCACCCAUUCUCCGCCCCGGCAUGUGCCUGAGCAACGAGCCUGGCUACUAUCUUGUCGACAAUGGCAAGGGUUUUGGGGUGAGGAUCGAGAGCAUCCUCGCUGUAGUCCCUGCAAAGGUGGGUGGAAAGGAGAGCAGCGAGUGGUUGCGCUUCGAGCGGUUGACUAGGGUGCCGAUUGAGCGCAAGAUGGUCGAUUUUGGGUUGUUGACGCAGCAGGAGAAGAAGUGGCUCCAGGAGCAUAACGAUCAGUGCAGGCGCGAGUUGAAGGAGGGGCUGAAGUAUGACAAGAGGGCACUGAAGUGGCUCAAGAGGCAGUAGGUGUGGGCUGCUCACCAAGAGAGCGGUAGGGUGACAAACGUGUUCAAAUCUCUCUCUCUGCGUAGUCAUCGAUUGAAAUGCCUCACACGUAUCUACAAAUACACUCAGCCAUCUCGC